GCGAGACUACGCGCGAAGGUCGAUCGUCACUUUCAGAAUGAACUCCCAUUACGAAAUGGUGCUGUUCCUACUUUUUGUUGUGUCGCCGCCUUUAUAUGUGUUUGCAAUGAACCCGGGUUUCAGAACCGAGAUCACUCAGAAGGGAUUUGACUAUGUCAGGCAAGUUGGUCUUCCCAUUCUUAUUAAGGAGUUGCAAAGUAUAGACAUACCAGAUCAACAUGGCUCUGGAAGUGGCGUCAGUUAUGAUUUGACCAACAUCAAGGGUUCUGGUUUAGAGAUUCCUACAUCAUCUCUUACGACUAGUGCAAGUGGUCUAACAGUUACUGGAUCUGGAGCAUCAAUGCAAAUCAAUGCAGACUGGCAUUACAGAAUGAAUGCAUGGCCUCAUAUCUCAGACAGUGGUUCUUGUGAUAUCUCUGUUAGCAGUGUGAGCCUUCAGCUUGUAGUUUUAGUUGGUGCAACGGCUGGUCAUCCUACUGUCUCAGCCAGCAGCUGCUCAUUUAAUAUUGGCCACAUGGAAAUUCACUUUCAUGGUGGUGCUAGUUGGUUGUACAAUCUGUUUUCUGACUCGAUAGCAAACUCUUUGAGGGGAAGCAUUUCUGGCCAAGUGUGCCCUCAAGCUAUCAAGGCAAUUGAGACAAAUGGGAACAAUGCACUGGCAACUCUAAAACUUAUUACUAAACUUGGGAAAGAUGCAGAGAUUGACUUUCAACUGACGCAAGCUCCAGUAUUUAGUACGACAUCUCUACAGACGUUUCACAAGGGAGAGUUUCUUACUUUUCCAAAUACAACAAACCUGCCUCCCUUUCAACCUUCUCCAUUUCCACCUGCCACUGAGUCUUCUCACAUGAUGUACAUUUGGCUUAGUGAUUACAUCGCCAACACUGCUGGUUAUGUGUACAUGGCAUCAGGUGCUCUUGUGUACAAUGUUACAGAGGCUCCAGCAUCAUCACCAAUUCAUCUAAAUACUGAUAAUUUCAUUGGAUUGAUUCCACCACUUUUCAAGAAAUACCCUGACAUGAAAAUGCAGCUGCUUGUGAAAGCUAACAAACCUCCAUCUUUAACACUAACCUCUCAAGCUGCAACAUUUGCAGCACCUGCCAAUGUGACAGCGUUUGUUGUGACAAAGAACAUGACACUCAUAAAUGUUUUUACCCUCAAUGUGACUUUGUAUGCAGCUGUAAAUAUCUCUGUUUACAACAAUGGAAGUGAUGAAAUUAUAAAUGGAACUGUUAAAUAUUUGAAAUCUGAUGCAGAAUUACUGGAGACCAAUAUUGGCGAUUUUGAGAUGUCUUCACUCAAUGGCACGUUAAACUUUGCUUGUACGUUGGUCACUUCACAGUUAAACAAAAAGUAUGCACAACCUGGUUUUCCAAUUCCUGUUGUUGAUGGUGUCUCAUUUGUGAAUCCAGAGGUGGUUCUUGGGCAGGAUAACGUUCUUAUAGCUACUGACGUUCAUUACAAUGCAGCUUUGCUUCUUGCAGUUGAACCAUGGAGGUCAACAACAGAUGCAGAUCGAUUUGAGUUUGAUCUUCCUAGUGUAAUGGCUGGUGCCAGGUUUUUGGAUGCUACAUUACUUUGUAUUAUACACGGAAGUAUGACGUCGGGGGGGAAGGCAAUUGUAUAUAUUGGUUUCGCGCGCAGCAAUCUGGACACGCGAGGUCUUGUCAUGAAGUCACGAGCUAUUGUAUUUUUCUUUGUCGGAAUCUCAUGCGCUGUGAAUCCUGGUUUCAGAACUGAGUUGACAGAAGCAGGGCUUGAUUAUGUGCGCAAGAUCGGCCUUCCUAUUUUGGUCAAAGAAUUGCAAGAUCUGAGUAUCCCUGAUCAGACUGGUCAUACAGGAAGUCCAAUUGGAACUAUUGAUUAUGACUUGACAAGCAUCAAGGGAUCUGGGUUAAGCAUUCCAACUUCGUCUCUUACUAUUGAUCCAAAAGUUGGUUUGAGAGUCACUGGAUCUGGAGCUUCAAUGCACAUCAUGGCACACUGGCAUUACAGGAUGAGUUCAUGGCCUCACAUCUCUGACAGUGGCUCGUGUGAUGUGUCUGUGAGUUCUGUCAGCCUUGCAAUGGUUGUCUCUGUUGGGGCUGAUUUGACUGGUCAUCCAUCAGUUUCGGCUGAUCAGUGCUCAUUUGACAUUGGACAUAUGAGCAUUGACUUUCAUGGUGGUGCCAGUUGGUUGUACAAUCUAUUUUCUGGAACUAUUGCAAGUGAUCUUAAGGGCAGCAUUGCUGGUCAGGUUUGUCCUCAAGCCAUUAAAGCAAUUGAAACAGAUGGGAACAAGGCUUUGGAGUCACUUCCAACUACGGUGAAGCUCACUGACAAUUCAGAAAUUGAUUUUCAACUUCUACAGGCUCCUAUAUUUGGUACUUCUUUCUUGCAAACUCUUCACAAGGGUGAAUUUUUUGCUUAUCCUCAUCCUAGAGAAGCUCCUUUCCAACCAUCUCCAUUCCCUGAUGCUGCUAAUUCAAGCCGUAUGAUGAGCAUUUGGCUCAGUGAUUACAUUGCAAACUCAGCUGGAUACGUCUACACAGCUCUUGGAGACCUCCAAUAUCAUGUUACAGAGAUUCCAUCUCAAAUUCCACUGCAGUUAAAUACAAGUUUUUUCAAACUUUUCAUUCCAAAUCUCUAUGAAAAGUAUCCUAAUAUGGCAAUGCAGCUGUUUCUAAAUGUUAAUAAACCACCAAGACUGUCGGUGUCUCCAAAGGAGAUCACAGCAUCAGCUCCAUGUAAUGUGACUGCAUUUGUUGUGAGUGAAAACAAGACUCUUGUCAAUGCCUUCACUCUCAACGUGACUAUGUACACUGCUGUUGAAGUGUCACUUCAUGCGAACGGUAGCAAAGAAAUCAUUGGUGGUAAAGCUUCUUAUUUGAACUCGGACAUAGAGUUGUUGGAAAGCAACGUCGGCUCUUUCAAUGUUUUGCUGCUCAAUUCUACUGUCAACUUUGGUUGCAGUUUAGCCGUGGUUCCAUUUCUAAAUGAAAAGUAUCUUGAACCUGGAUUUCCUAUUCCAAGCGUAGACGGUGUUUCGUUUGUCAAUCCUGAUGUAGUUCUUGGACAGGACUAUGUCUUUGUUGCCACCGACUUUGUCUAUAACCCGGCGGUGCUCUUUGAAGCAAACGACAAAUCAUUGAUUGUUGUUGGUAAUGAGUUUCUGUGAAGUGCAAGCAAAGAUGUUGACUUUCUUUGUAUGUUUUUGUUUACUUUGGUAUAUUUGUGUCAAUAAUAUAUAUCUCCACUAUC